UCCAAACUUCCAAGGCAAGACAUUAGCGAGUGAAAAAAUGGGAAACAAUUUACUUAUUUCAGUUGCUUUGGCAUCUUGUUUCAUUGUUAGUAAACUAGUUUUCUACAGCCACGCAGUUGAAUCACCUAAGUACUUAUUAGUACAUUCAGAAUCAGAUUAUGAGAUCAGACUCUACAGAGAAGUCUCCUGGAUAUAUGCUCUUGUCCAAGAAACCUCCUUCGAGAAAUCUACCGAAGAUGGCUUUCACAGGAUUUACCAGUACAUCCAUGGAGAAAAUCUCAACUCUUCUCAACUUCCAAUAACUGCUCCUGUCUUAACAAGCGUCAUAACAUCAUCUCCUAGGACAGUAUACCAUGUAAAGUUGUUCCUGUCCAAGGGGAACCCUCCACAGCCCAAUCCUGAACUGAAUUUGCAGCUGGAAAAAUGGAGUGCUCGGUGUCUGGCAAUUAGAAAGUUUUCUGGGUUUGCCAAGGAUGAUAAUGUUAAGAAAGAAAUGGAGUCCCUAGUGGCCAGUUUAACUGAACAUCCCACCGGAAAUACAGUACUGGAUUUUAACAUUUCCUACACCAUUGCCCAGUACAAUUCUACUCGCCACACUUCAGGGCGAUUAAAUGAAGUGUGGGUUGAUGUUUCAGAAUUUAAUAUAGAGGGAUGUUUACCCAAACAAGGAAAAAAUUGAUUAUUCGACUGUGUCAGAUUUCUCUGGAUCUUGGAAGGAUCUUGUGUGAAUGUACGGAGGAAAUAAUGUCCUUCUCCCAAGAAAAAGGCUAGAUAUUGUUAAAUAUGCAGACGAUGACUUCGUAUCUUUGCUCUAAAAAUGCUUGUUUGGUUUAAGAAUUGAGAAUCAUUGCCUUUGAGAUGACCCAUAAUGUCUCUCCCAGCUAUUUGGCUUUGUGAUUGGUGCUAGACUGCUAGUGGAAACCUGUAUUUUUUUUUAAAAUAAUUACAGGCAUUUCCAGUCUAUUAUUGAAUUGACUAAUUGAGUGGUAAAGUGAAUUCAAUGAGCAUUAACUUCAUCCACAAAAA